AUGCCACCAAAAAGAAAAGGACCAUUGCAGCAGGUCCAGAGGGAAGUGGACGAAAUCACAGAGCAGUUGGACAGCCUAUUAAGAGAUGUGCAGAGUCAAGUUGAAACCACUGAAGAGGGAUUUCGUAGAUGUCAAGAGCUGCAGAUAUCUUCAGAGAAGGUACUAAAGACACUGAAGAAACUGACCAAGGCUGAUGAGCUGGCUCCAGUGGGAAACUAUGAGCAGAGGAAACUAGAAGAGGAGAGACGACUGCAGAGCAUCUUGGAGAGUUUGGACACGCUGUCUCUGAAGCUUUCACCACCAGGACCCAGUACUGCAGCAGGUGAUGUUUCAAAAGAAGAUAGUGAGGAUAGCAACGAUGACAGUGACAAUGAUGAUGACCAUGAUGAUGACCAUGAAGAUGAGAAGCAAGCUCUGAAACCGCCCUCUCAGCCUGACCCUCGCAUCUACAUAGCCCUCAGCAAUUUUAGAGGAGAACAGGAGGGAGAUCUGUCUGUUCAGAGGGGGGAGGUAUUGAGGGUCAUCAGGAAGACUGCAGAUGGAUGGUGGCUGGCUCAGGACACUAAAGGCAACAGAGGAGUUGUUCCAAAAACCUACCUGAAGAUUGGCUCUGGUGUCAGCGAUGAAGAUAAUGACAAAGAUGAUGAUGAAGAUGACGACAAAAAUGAAGAGGAGUCGGAGGAAGAUGAGCAAGAUGACGAAGAACUGACUGAGCAAGAGAAACAGAGCGAUGCUUCACAUUCCAACUGGUCGACUGUCAGAAAGGCUCUGACUGAGAUUGAUGCAACAGAUGUGCUCUCUGCCAUGGGGGCUAUACCCUCAGGAUUCAGACCAUCAACUCUCAAUAAACUGCUGGUGGAGGAAGGUGUGACAUACAGAGGAAGUCAUUAUAUUCAGCCUGAGCUCAGUCAAUCAAAGCUCUCCUUUAGUGACCUCUUCCUGGACGCAGACACCGGCAGGGUUCGUGCUCGGCAAGUCAAGACUUGUGUUUGUUUCACUCUGUGGAGCUGCAGGAUGAUUCCUACUCCUGGAGUUGGCGUUCAAGUUCUCAGCAGACACAUCCACAUCUGUGCCUUUGAUGGGACUAAGGUGUUGAGUAACAUCCACACAGUGAGGGCAACCUACAACUCCAAAAGCCCCAAAACCUGGAGCUUCUCUCCAAGGGUGACAGGUAUCCUACCCACCCUGCUUGACGGAGACUGUUUCCUACGUUGCAACUCUGCGUCUCCUGACCUCGGUAUCCUCUUUGAACUUGGAGUCACUUUUAUACGAAAUUCUACAGGUGAGAGAGGAGACCUGAGCUGUGGGUGGGCUUUUCUCAAACUGACUGAUGACACUGGAAAUCCACUUUCGAACAGGACCUAUGAGCUGCCAGUGAACGGUGGCACUCCCUAUGAGAAGGACGUAGCGAUGGAGGCUUCAGUCACCAGAGGAUCUCCAGGUGGUGUUAUCCAGCAGAUGCUUCAGGCCAGGCGGCAGCCCAAACUGAUUGUAAAGUUGAAGUCAGUGAACAAUCGGACCAGAACUCAGCUCAGCCUGCUUCCAGACAUUCUGCUGCACUCUCUGAGCUGCGUCCACCUUCUGGCUCUACACAGGCAGCUACUAGCUGACACACUACUGAUGAACAGGCCGACCAUGCAGAAUGCAGAUCCUAUAUGCAGUCCUGUGCUUUCUACCUUCCCUGUUUUGUUGGACCAACCAGACCUGCUGGAUGCUCUUAAGAGUGCCUGGCUGUAUGCUGAGACCAACAUGAGCAGAGCACAGAAGAGAGAUUUGUCCUAUCUGAAACAGGAGUUCAUUAAGGUCUACAUGUCGUCGGUCUAUUUCCUCCUCCACUCGCCCUCGCUGCCGUGUCAUCGCUGGGCCGACCCGUCCUCAGAGGAGCAGCGGGCCAGAGUCAUCUACACCCUCCUGGACGCUCUCAAACAGUUCCAACACACCACUGGCCAAUCGGGAGGCCCAGAGGUCUUUAUAGACACUCAGCAUCAGCAUCUGGCCUUUGAUGUCACAGAGUCGACCUUUGACCUCCUCCGUGUGGCACGGUAACAUCACAUCACUCAGUACAAUAGGAUUGGAGUUGACUAUCUUAUCAUUAUUAUUAAUUAUUAUUCUUGUUAUUAUUAUUAGAUAUUAUAUAUAAUCAAAAUUUUA